AUGAAUGAUUUCCAAGAGGAUCCUCCUGCUGAGAUUAUCAGGAACGUUGAUUCACUGCAAGCAGUAGGAAAACGUUUCCAGGAAUGUAUAGACAGUGUUGGAGAACUUCUGGAAGAAAGGGAGAAUCUUAUCAAAGAAUUAAGCUUCAUGAAGGAGCCAGUGCAUAAAGAGAUUGGUAAUUUGAGGGCUGAACUCUUGAAGCUUUACCAAACUAAAUCAAAGGCAGAGAUUGAAUGUGAUAACUUCAAAGAAGAAAUGACAUGCACAAAAAAAACCUUGUUUAAGAUCACUAAAGCUCAAAUGACUUGUAAAUAUGAAUUACACAUCAAUAAACAGGACUUGCCCCUAAUUACAUCGCAACGGGAAACACUAGAAUCCAGGGCACAGACACUUUCUGAUGAAUUGGCUGUUCUUAAACAUUGCCACCAGAAAGAAAUAAACCAAAUGAUUCAUCAGUUGGAAAGUAUUAGAAAUGGGAGGAAUAUGCUGUCCCUGACAAACAGUCAUCAAACAAAUGAAGAAUUUCAAAGCUUGUUCGGAGAACAGUGGCAAUGGCUGGAAAAAUACUAUGAAUCUAAAGUGAGAAAUCUGCUGAAUUGGAAUAAGACCAGAGCCGAAUCACUUAAACGCACAUUGCAAGAAAUUGAAAAUUUCAGAAAACAGUUGCAACCUCUGCAGGAGCAGGUGACAAAACUAAACACAAGGAGACAAUGCUUUGAAGAACAGAUGCAAUUUAUUGAGAGAAAGUGGGCUGAGAACAUUCUGCAAUAUCAGGAACAAAAAAGGCAGCUGCAAGAAAAAGUCAAUCUCUUGAAAACUGAACUUGAUGUGCAGAAGCAAAAGAACAACAACAUUAAACACUUGAAAGAGAGUCUCUCUGAGGAAUUAUUUGUUUACAAGGAAAGUUUAACAGCAUUUGGAACUCUUACUGAAUCUUCAAUCAAGUCGGAUUAA